CUUAAUUCCCCUUUCGUUAGGGGGCAGUAGUGAUCAUCACAUCGGGCCACUAUUACAAAAACAGAAGAAGAAAAACGUCGUGGUCUGAAAAAAGCAACAGAACCAUUGCUUCAUGUAGAUUUUCUAUAAUAGCACUUUCUACUCAUUUGAAGGACUGCUACUGCGUGAUCCCUGACUGAAAAUCGUUUUGGCAAAUGAAGGAAAAUAAGGAGAACACCACUCCUGCCAUACACGUUUCCAAUCUGGACCACAUAAAGCCAUGCUGGUACUGGGACAAGAAGGACCUGGCACACACUCCGUCCCAGUCCGAGGGUCUGGACCCGGCCACGGAGGCUCGGUACCGCAGAGAAGGGGCCAGGUUCAUCUUUGACGUCGGAACACGACUCGGGCUACAUUACGACACCUUGGCUACUGGAAUUAUAUACUUCCACCGAUUCUACAUGUUUCACUCUUUUAAACAAUUUCCGAGAUAUGUGACUGGAGCUUGCUGCCUGUUUUUGGCUGGAAAGGUUGAAGAAACUCCAAAGAAGUGCAAAGACAUCAUCAAGACCGCUCGCAGCCUGGUGACCGAUGUGCAGUUCGCCCAGUUCGGGGACGAUCCCAAGGAAGAAGUCAUGGUGUUGGAGAGAAUAUUGCUCCAGACAAUCAAAUUUGACUUGCAAGUGGAACAUCCUUAUCAGUUUCUCCUUCGUUAUGCCAAACAGCUGAAAGGAGACAAAAAUAAAGUGCAGAAGUUGGUACAGAUGGCCUGGACAUUUGUUAAUGAUAGCCUUUGCACCAUGCUCUCGCUUCAGUGGGAGCCGGAGAUCAUUGCCGUCGCUGUCAUGUACCUGGCUGGGCGCCUGUGUAAGUUCGAUAUUCAGGAGUGGACAUCCAAGCAGUCGUCCCGCCGCUGGUGGGAGCAGUUUGUACAAGAUGUUCCUGUCGAGCUGUUAGAGGACAUCUGCCACCAGAUCCUGGAUCUGUACUCUCAGGGCAAGCAGCCAAUUCCUCAGCAGCCCCAACUGCAGGAGAAAGACAAGCCACAGCCUUCUCCUACAGGCCUGCUCAGUCAACCUGGAGGAAAUCCUGUAGCUCUGCCACCAUCCAAGAAGAAUUCUCCUCAGGCCAGCCCACCACGCCAGCAAAAACGGCAACACCCCUCUCCAAAAGAAGAGACAAAAGUUGCCACAGAACAAGUUGGUUCUAAAAUCCCGAGAUUGGAGAGCCCAAUGCCUCCCCUACCAGUUACCCAACCUCCUGAUCGGAAACCCCCACCCUCAGCCCCUGCCCCUCCUGCAGAAGCAGACCCGGCAACCUCUGUUGAUUCGGACAUGCCAAAAGCCCCACCUCCACCCCAUGGAGCUCCGCCCCCUCUGCCUCACCGGCCUCCUCCACCACCCCCCUCCAGCUACAUCAUGGGCAUGUCCACAACCAGCUCAUACAUGUCAAGCGAGGGCUAUCAGAGCCUGCAGUCCAUGAUGAAGACAGACGCACCAUCCUACCCUCAUCUGCCACCCUCUUACGGGAUGCCUUACCACCCACAUGUUUACCCGCCUCCCAGUGCCCCUCCGCCAGGACCACCACCUCCACCUGCAUCUUACCCUCCUCCCAAUCUUCCUCCUCCCACUCCAGCCUACCCACCACCAGGCUACAACCACAGCUACCCACCACCUCCGCGCAUGCCACCCCCUGGGAUGGCUUUACCAUCUGUGUAUCCGCCUCCACCAGUCCCUCCAGGGCAGCCGCAAGUGCCUAUGCCACCAGUCAUGCCACCAGUGGCGAGCAUGAACCGUGGAGCCUGGAUGAGAUAAAAGUCUCCUAGAUGGGCUCGUGUUUAGAAUGGUCUCGAGCUGUCUCAGGAAGACGGAUCAGAACACACAUUGUGGUCAUUUUGUCCUAAUGUCAGUAGGAUACAACCUGAGCACCUGGCAUCAAACUAGAAUAAGGAUGUGAUUAUUUCUUUGAAGAUAAUAUUUCUUAUUCAUAAUUAGUCAUGAGUUCAAUAUGACUCAUGAAAAUUCAGUUCUUUUUGACACUUUUUCUUUGUGAUAAUGUUCAUAACUACAGUGAAUUCUCAGAAGCAUCCACAAAACUGAUGACGCAUUUCAAGCAGGCGUUUUGUGUAAAUAUUUUCAUUAUUAAAUCCUAACUAGAAUCCUUUUAGCUGAUAAAUCUGCAGUGUGUACUGUAUAGAGCAGCUUUGGGAUUUAUCUGGCAUUUGGUGUAAUAAAAGUCUUUUUCAAUCCCA